CGGUUGUGUUGCCUGCGAGUUUCCCAAGUUCACACAGGCCCUGGGUUGGCAUGGCAACCAGGCAACCUGUUCCAGAGCCGCCUGCCUUCUCCGCACAUGCCGCUGCCACCGCCGGAGCCGGGGCCAGAGCCUAUCCCAGGAUGCACCGCGCCAGCCCCGUCCCCAGUGGGCCGCCAUGUUGUCGGAGUGAAAGGUAAGGGGGAGCGAGAGCGCCGGAGAGAGAAGAUCGGGGGGCUGAAAUCCAUCUUCAUCCUACCGCUCCGCCCGUGUUGGUGGAAUGAGCGUUGCAUGUGUCUUGAAGAGAAAAGCAGUGCUUUGGCAGGACUCUUUCAGCCCCCACCUGAAACAUCACCCUCAAGAACCAGCUAAUCCCAACAUGCCUGUUGUUUUGACAUCUGGAACAGGGUCGCAGGCGCAGCCACAACCAGCUGCAAAUCAGGCUCUUGCAGCUGGGACACACUCCAGCCCUGUCCCAGGAUCCAUAGGAGUUGCAGGCCGUUCCCAAGACGACGCUAUGGUGGACUACUUCUUUCAGAGGCAGCAUGGUGAGCAGCUUGGGGGAGGAGGAAGUGGUGGAGGCGGCUAUAAUAAUAGCAAACAUCGAUGGCCUACUGGGGAUAACAUUCAUGCAGAACAUCAGGUGCGUUCUAUGGAUGAACUGAAUCAUGAUUUUCAAGCACUUGCUCUGGAGGGAAGAGCGAUGGGAGAGCAGCUCUUGCCAGGUAAAAAGUUUUGGGAAACAGAUGAAUCCAGCAAAGAUGGACCAAAAGGAAUAUUCCUGGGUGAUCAAUGGCGAGACAGUGCCUGGGGAACAUCAGAUCAUUCAGUUUCCCAGCCAAUCAUGGUGCAGAGAAGACCUGGUCAGAGUUUCCAUGUGAACAGUGAGGUCAAUUCUGUACUGUCCCCACGGUCGGAGAGUGGGGGACUAGGCGUUAGCAUGGUGGAGUAUGUGUUGAGCUCAUCCCCGGGCGAUUCCUGUCUAAGAAAAGGAGGAUUUGGCCCAAGGGAUGCAGACAGUGAUGAAAACGACAAAGGUGAAAAGAAGAACAAGGGUACCUUUGAUGGAGAUAAGCUAGGAGAUUUGAAGGAGGAGGGUGAUGUGAUGGACAAGACCAAUGGUUUACCAGUGCAGAAUGGGAUUGACGCAGACGUCAAAGAUUUUAGCCGUACCCCUGGUAAUUGCCAGAACUCUGCUAAUGAAGUGGAUCUUCUGGGUCCAAACCAGAAUGGUUCUGAGGGCUUAGCCCAGCUGACCAGCACCAAUGGUGCCAAGCCUGUGGAGGAUUUCUCCAACAUGGAGUCCCAGAGUGUCCCUUUGGACCCCAUGGAACAUGUGGGCAUGGAGCCUCUGCAGUUUGAUUAUUCAGGCACGCAGGUACCUGUGGACUCAGCAGCAGCAACUGUGGGACUUUUUGACUACAAUUCUCAACAACAGCUGUUCCAAAGACCUAACGCGCUCGCCGUCCAGCAGUUGACGGCCGCGCAGCAGCAGCAGUACGCACUGGCGGCGGCUCACCAGCCUCACAUCGGUGUGUUUUCAGCAGGUUUAGCGCCCGCUGCGUUUGUCCCCAAUCCUUACAUCAUCAGCGCUGCUCCCCCGGGGACGGACCCCUACACGGCUGGACUGGCUGCAGCGGCGACACUAGGCCCGGCUGUGGUCCCCCACCAGUAUUAUGGAGUCACUCCCUGGGGAGUCUACCCUGCCAGUCUUUUCCAGCAGCAAGCGGCUGCCGCCGCGGCAGCAACUAAUUCUGCAAAUCAGCAGACUACCCCACAGGCUCAGCAAGGACAGCAGCAGGUUCUCCGUGGAGGAGCCAGCCAGCGUCCUUUGACCCCAAAUCAGAACCAGCAGGGACAGCAAACAGAUCCACUAGUGGCAGCUGCAGCAGUGAAUUCUGCCCUUGCUUUUGGACAAGGACUGGCUGCAGGCAUGCCAGGUUAUCCGGUCUUGGCUCCUGCUGCUUACUAUGACCAAACGGGUGCCCUCGUGGUGAACGCAGGGGCGAGAAACGGUCUCGGGGCUCCUGUGCGGCUGGUCGCUCCCGCCCCAGUCAUCAUCAGUUCCUCAGCCGCUCAAGCAGCUGUUGCAGCGGCCGCAGCUUCAGCAAAUGGAGCAGCCGGUGGUCUUGCUGGAACAACAAAUGGACCGUUUCGCCCUUUAGGAACUCAGCAGCCCCAGCCCCAGCCCCAGCAGCAGCCCAGUAACAGCCUGGCAUCCAGCUCUUUCUAUGGCAACAACUCUCUGAGCAGCAACUCACAGAGCAGCUCCCUCUUCUCCCAGGGCUCAGCCCAGCCUGCCAACACGUCCUUGGGAUUUGGAAGUAGCAGUUCCCUCGGCGCCACCCUGGGAUCAGCCCUUGGAGGGUUUGGAACCGCAGUUGCAAACUCCAACACUGGCAGUGGCUCCCGCCGUGACUCCCUGACUGGCAGCAGUGACCUUUAUAAGAGGACAUCGAGCAGCUUGACCCCCAUUGGACACAGUUUUUAUAACGGCCUUAGCUUUUCCUCCUCUCCUGGACCCGUGGGCAUGCCUCUCCCUAGUCAGGGACCAGGACAUUCACAGACACCACCUCCUUCCCUCUCUUCACAUGGAUCCUCUUCAAGCUUAAACCUGGGAGGACUCACAAAUGGCAGUGGAAGAUACAUCUCUGCUGCUCCAGGCGCUGAAGCCAAGUACCGCAGCGCGAGCAGUGCCUCCAGUCUCUUCAGCCCCAGCAGCACCCUGUUUUCUUCCUCCCGGUUGCGAUAUGGAAUGUCUGAUGUCAUGCCCUCUGGCAGGAGCAGGCUUCUGGAAGAUUUUCGAAAUAACCGGUACCCCAAUUUACAACUGCGGGAGAUUGCUGGGCAUAUAAUGGAGUUUUCCCAAGACCAGCAUGGGUCCAGAUUCAUUCAGCUAAAACUAGAGCGAGCCACACCAGCUGAACGCCAGCUUGUCUUCAAUGAAAUCCUCCAGGCCGCUUACCAGCUAAUGGUGGAUGUGUUCGGAAAUUACGUCAUUCAGAAGUUCUUUGAAUUUGGCAGCCUUGAACAGAAGCUGGCGUUGGCAGAACGCAUUCGAGGCCACGUCCUGUCAUUGGCACUGCAGAUGUAUGGCUGCCGUGUUAUCCAGAAAGCUCUUGAAUUUAUUCCCUCAGACCAGCAGGUAAUUAACGAGAUGGUUCGGGAGCUAGACGGCCACGUCCUGAAGUGUGUGAAAGACCAGAAUGGUAAUCACGUGGUUCAGAAAUGCAUUGAAUGCGUGCAGCCCCAGUCUUUGCAGUUCAUCAUCGAUGCGUUUAAGGGGCAGGUAUUUGCUUUGUCCACGCAUCCUUACGGCUGCCGAGUGAUUCAGAGGAUCCUGGAGCACUGUCUCCCUGACCAGACUCUCCCCAUUUUAGAGGAGCUUCACCAGCACACAGAGCAGCUUGUACAGGAUCAGUAUGGAAACUAUGUAAUCCAGCACGUAUUGGAGCAUGGUCGUCCUGAGGAUAAAAGUAAAAUUGUAGCAGAAAUCCGAGGCAAUGUACUUGUAUUGAGUCAGCACAAAUUCGCAAGCAAUGUCGUGGAGAAGUGUGUCACUCAUGCGUCCCGUACGGAGCGUGCUGUGCUUAUCGAUGAGGUAUGCACCAUGAAUGACGGUCCCCACAGUGCCUUAUACACCAUGAUGAAGGACCAGUAUGCCAACUACGUGGUCCAGAAGAUGAUCGAUGUGGCAGAGCCAGCACAGCGGAAGAUCGUCAUGCAUAAGAUCCGGCCCCACAUCGCCACUCUCCGCAAGUACACCUACGGCAAGCACAUCUUGGCCAAGCUGGAGAAGUACUACAUGAAGAAUGGCGUUGACUUAGGGCCCAUCUGUGGCCCCCCGAAUGGUAUCAUCUGAGGCAGUGUCACCCUGUCCCCUCGUUCACUGACCUCACUGGCCCACAGGCGAAUCCAGCCAGCAACCAGAAAUGUUCUAGUAUGGAAGCCGACAUGGGUAAAUGGUUGCUCCAGGAUUACCCGCUCCUCCAAAAAAAAAAAAGGAAUCAAAUCCACAAGUGGAAAAGCCUUUGUAAAUUUGUUUAAUUUUAUUACGCAUAACAUGUACUAAUUAUUUUUUUUAAUUGACUAAUUGCCCUGUUGUUUUACUGGUGUAUAGGAUACUUGUACAUAGGUAACCAAUGUACAUGGGAGGCCACAUAUUUUGUUCAAUGUUGUAUCUAUAUUACACGUGUGGAAACUUUCAGGGUGGUUGGUUUAACAAAAAAAAGUUAAAAAAAAAAAAGAAAAAAAUGUUUUUAAUCCAUUUUGCCUUGCUGGCAAGUUUUGCAAAUAGCUCUUCCCCACCUCCUCAUUUUAGUAAAAAACAAAAACAAACAAAAAAACCUGAGAAAUUUGAAUUUUGUUAAAUGACCCCAAACUGGCAUUUAACACUGUUUGUAAAACAUAUAUAUAUAUAUACAUAUAUAUAUAUAUAAUGAAAAUUGUUUUAGAGUUGCUAAAGCUUCAGUUAAUGACAUUAAGUUUAUGAAACUUCAAAAAAUUGCCUUUUUUGGAGACUAUUAUGCUGAAGAAGAUGUGUAGUGUGUUUUGUGAGGAGGAGAUGUGAGCUCCUAGGAUGUCUUUCAAGGCCGGGCGGGUGUAACUUGUUUACUGCCUACUGGAUUUUUUUUUCUGUUAACAUUGAAAGGCAAAAUCUGAUUAUUUAGCAUGAGAAAAAAAAAAAAAAAUCCAACUCUGCUUUUGGUCUUGCUUCUAUAAAUAUAUAGUGUAUACUUGGUGUAGACUUUGCAUAUAUACAAAUUUGUAGUAUUUUCUUGUUUUGAUGUCUAAUCUGUAUCUAUAAUGUACCCUAGUAGUCGAACAUACUUUUGAUUGUACAAUUGUACAUUUGUAUACCUGUAAUGUAAAUGUGGAGAAGUUUGAAUCAACAUAAACACGUUUUUUGGGAAGAAAAGAGAAUUAGCCAGCCCUGUGCAUUCAGUGUAUAUUCACACCUUUUAUGGUCGUAGCAUAUAGUGUUGUAUAUUGUAAAUUGUAAUUUCAACCAGAAGUAAAUUUUUUUUCUUUUGAAGGAAUAAAUGUUCUUUAUACAGCCUAGUUAAAUGUUUAAAAAGGAAAAAAAUAGCUUGGUUUUAUUUGUCACCUAGUCCCACAGUAGCAAGAUCCUUUCUAAAUGUUAUUCAAGAUGAUUCAGUUCACACUAGUGUUUUUUUUUAAUCCUAAAAAAGUAAUGUUUUGCUUAUUUUGUGACAGUCAUAAGGACGUGCAAAGUUCAGCCCUGCCCUAGCUUUCCUUACAAUCAGAGCCCCUCUCACCUUGUAAAGUGUGAAUUGCCCUUCCUUUUUGUACAGAAGAUGAACUGUAUUUUGCAUUUUGUCUACUUGUAAGUGAAUGUAACAUACUGUCAAUUUUCCUUGUUUGAAUAUAGAAUUGUAACACUACACGGUGUACAUUUCCAGAGCCUUGUGUAUAUUUCCAAUGAACUUUUUUGCAAGCACACUUGUAACCAUAUGUGUAUAAUUAACAAACCUGUGUAUGCUUAUGCCUGGGCAACUAUUUUUUGUAACUCUUGUGUAGAUUGUCUCUAAACAAUGUGUGAUCUUUAUUUUGAAAAAUACAGAACUUUGGAAUCUGA